GGUAACGCCCCCUUCUCCGCGGCCCCAGACCGAACUUUUCUCCAACUUCCGAGAUCCGUGAGAUUCCCUCCGUAGCACCCCGACUCACUCUGCUCAUCCCCGGGGCCAUUGGAUCCCUGGGAUCCUCUCGAUCCCCGACUCAGAGACUCCUGCCCUCCAUCCCUAAGGGUCUCACCAUCCUCGAACCCCUCCCUGCAGCCUGCCAGAUUUCUCUUCCCGGAUCCCCGUGAUCACCGCGCUCCCGCCACCAGUUUACGAGAUCCCUCAGAUCCAGUGACCCGGGCUUCCUGGACUCCUCCUGCCCGAUCCCGGGUGGGCGCCGGGCCCGGGCCCUACCCCCAUGGCCGCCGCCCCCUCCCAUCCUGCCGGGCUCCCAGGCUCUCCCGGGACGGGGUCUCCUCUGCUGCCCGGCGGCUUGGAGCUUCAGUCGCCACCACCACCCCUGCCCCAGGUUCCGGCCCCGGGCUCCGGAGUCUCCUUCCACAUCCAGAUUGGGCUGACCCGCGAGUUCGUGCUGUUGCCCACCGCCUCCGAGCUAGCCCAUGUGAAGCAGCUGGCUUGCUCCAUCGUGGACCAGAAGUUCCCCGAGUGUGGCUUCUAUGGCCUUUACGACAAGAUCCUGCUCUUCAAACAUGACGCCACGUCGGCCAACCUUCUGCAGCUGGUGCACUCUGCGGCAGACAUCCAGGAGGGCGACCUGGUGGAGGUGGUACUGUCUGCUUCGGCCACCUUCGAGGACUUCCAGAUCCGCCCGCACGCCCUCACGGUGCACUCGUACCGAGCGCCUGCCUUCUGCGACCACUGCGGGGAGAUGCUCUUCGGCCUGGUGCGCCAGGGCCUCAAGUGUGAUGGCUGCGGACUGAACUACCACAAGCGCUGCGCCUUCAGCAUCCCCAACAACUGCAGUGGUGCCCGCAAGAGGCGUCUGUCGUCCACGUCCCUGGCCAGUGGCCAUUCGGUGCGCCUCGGCACCUCGGAGUCGCUGCCCUGCCUGGCUGAUGAGCUGAGCCGUAGCACCACCGAUCUCCUGCCUCGCCGCCCUCCCUCGUCCUCCUCCUCCUCUUCUGCCUCGUCCUACACCGGCCGCCCCAUUGAACUGGACAAGAUGCUUCUCUCCAAGGUCAAGGUGCCUCACACAUUCCUCAUCCACAGCUACACUCGGCCCACUGUCUGCCAGGCUUGCAAGAAACUCCUCAAGGGCCUCUUCCGCCAGGGCCUACAGUGCAAAGACUGCAAGUUUAACUGUCACAAACGCUGCGCCACCCGUGUCCCUAAUGACUGUUUGGGGGAGGCACUCAUCAACGGAGAUGUGCCCAUGGAGGAGGCCGCAGAUUUCAGCGAAGCCGACAAGAGCACCCUCAUGGAUGAGUCCGAUGACUCCGGCGUCAUCCCAGGCUCCCACUCGGAAAACGCCCUCCGCGCCAGUGAGGAGGAGGAAGGCGAGGGAGACAAGGCGCAGAGCUCCCUGGGGUACAUCCCCCUAAUGAGGGUGGUGCAGUCGGUGCGACACACGACACGGAAAUCCAGCACCACGCUGCGCGAAGGUUGGGUGGUUCAUUACAGCAACAAGGACACGCUGAGGAAGAGGCACUACUGGCGCCUGGACUGCAAGUGCAUCACGCUUUUCCAGAACAACACGACCAACAGAUACUACAAGGAAAUUCCGCUCUCUGAAAUCCUCACCGUGGAGCCUGCCCAAAACUUCAGCCUCGUGCCACCAGGCACCAACCCCCACUGCUUCGAGAUUGUCACUGCCAAUACCACCUACUUCGUGGGCGAGACGCCUGGCGGGGCCCCAGGGGGGCCCAGUGGGCAGGGGGCUGAGGCUGCCCGGGGCUGGGAAACCGCCAUCCGCCAGGCGCUGAUGCCCGUCAUCCUCCAGGAUGCACCCACUGCCCCAGGCCAUGCGCCCCAUAGACAAGCUUCUCUGAGCAUCUCUGUGUCUAACAGUCAGAUCCAAGAGAAUGUGGACAUUGCCACCGUCUACCAGAUCUUCCCAGAUGAGGUGCUGGGCUCCGGGCAGUUUGGAGUGGUCUACGGAGGAAAGCACCGGAAGACGGGCCGGGACGUGGCAGUAAAGGUCAUUGACAAACUGCGUUUCCCCACCAAGCAGGAGAGCCAGCUCCGGAAUGAAGUGGCCAUUCUGCAGAGUCUGCGGCACCCGGGGAUCGUGAACCUGGAGUGCAUGUUCGAGACGCCCGAGAAGGUGUUCGUGGUGAUGGAGAAGCUGCACGGAGACAUGCUGGAGAUGAUCCUGUCCAGCGAGAAAGGCCGGCUGCCCGAGCGCCUCACCAGGUUCCUCAUCACCCAGAUCCUCGUGGCUUUGAGACACCUUCACUUUAAGAACAUCGUCCACUGUGACUUGAAACCAGAAAAUGUGUUGCUGGCAUCAGCCGAUCCGUUUCCUCAGGUGAAGCUGUGCGACUUCGGCUUCGCGCGCAUCAUUGGCGAGAAGUCGUUCAGGCGCUCGGUGGUGGGCACGCCGGCCUACCUGGCGCCCGAGGUGCUGCUCAACCAGGGCUACAACCGCUCGCUGGACAUGUGGUCGGUGGGCGUGAUCAUGUACGUCAGCCUCAGCGGCACGUUCCCCUUCAACGAGGACGAGGACAUCAACGACCAGAUCCAGAACGCUGCCUUCAUGUACCCCGCCUGCCCCUGGAGCCGUAUCUCAGCGGGAGCCAUCGACCUCAUCAACAACCUGCUGCAGGUGAAGAUGCGCAAGCGCUACAGCGUGGACAAGUCUCUCAGCCACCCCUGGUUACAGGAGUACCAGACGUGGCUGGAUCUCCGAGAGCUGGAGGGGAAGAUGGGCGAGCGGUACAUCACGCACGAGAGUGACGACGCGCGCUGGGAGCAGUUCGUGGCAGAGCACCCGCUGCCCGGGCGGGGACUGCCCGCCGACGGGGAGCUCGGUGGGACCCUCCCUUCGCAGGACCACGACAUGCAGGGGUUGGCCGAGCGCAUCAGCGUCCUCUGAGGAUCCGCGCUCCCUCCCCGGCUGCUCGGUGGUGCUGUCCUCCCGCCCUCCACACCAUCACAGCGAGGAACUGUUGAAGGGAAGCGGCUUCCUGCCCAGACUUAAUGGAACAAGUCCUGCGGGAGGAGCAUGGCGGGGGUGGGAGGGGGUGGGUAGUUCCAAAGUUAAUUCCCCAGCAAUUAAAACGGACUCAUCUCUG